AUGAGUAAGAUUGAAACAUUAGCUGAGCUCGACCCUAAUUAUGUGGUCAGCUUUCAGUACUCUAAGAACAACCUCGCUCAGUUGUUGGCUGAAUUUUCUGUCAGAGGAUUGAAUGUUGUGACAAGACCGGGCCACGAUUCGUCAACUGUAUACGCUUUUACUAGACUGGAUGUAAACACAGAAGACGAGCAAGCACAAGAUAUUUAUUCGAUCUCCCAUGACUUGAACUUUAUUGAGUCAGUGACGCCCUUAUAUGAUAUGAAGACAAGAAAAAUGAUAAAUGCCUUAUUUAAGACACUAGAAUGGAAAAAAGGUAUCAAACUACCCUCUGAACAUGAUUUAAUCCAUUUAGCUCAGUUGACAGGAAAUGCAAGACAAUCGUUGUAUUUCGCCUACUGUGUCACAUACAUCAAAGCACUACUGCCAUUGGCUUUAUGUGGUAUUGCAGUCAGGUUUUUGGCAUUGACUUCUUCCUGGGAAUUUAACAGUUUUUAUAACAUUUGCUUAUUUUGCUGGUCAAUAGCUUUUACGUCAACUUGGAUUAAUAAAAAAAAGAAACGAUACGCCCAAGAGUUUGGGAAGGUUCGUGCAGCGUCUUACCUAUUCAAGAGUCCAGAAAGAAGCGCAAAGUAUAGUUCUCACGAUAAAGUCAUUUUGAAAAAAUGCUGUUUUCUACCAAUUGCUCUCUGUUUUGCAUCAGCCCUUAUUGCUUUCCAACUCUUUUGUUUUGGUAUUGAAAUUUUCAUAACCCAAUUAUACUCAGGGCGUUUCUCGAUGGUACUAGCAUUGUUCCCAAGCCUUCUGUUGACUGUUUUCACACAGGCUUUGACUAUGCUUUAUGAUAAAGUUUUUAUUGGUAACUUCAUAAAAUGGGAAAAUGGGCCCUUUCCUGCCAGUUCAAGGAUGGAAAAGAAUUUUAUUCUCAAUUUCUUAGUGAGUUAUAUGCCGCUUUUCAUCACGUUAUUUAUCUAUCUACCUUUUGGGCAUAAGUUUGGUCCAAAGUGGAAAGAAGGAUUAAUGCAGCGUUUUGAUAAUCAUCAUAUCCCUGUCAUGAAAUCCAACUUUGUUAUAGAUACCCACAGAUAUAAAACGCAAAUGUUUUAUUUUACAUUUACAAAUCAACUAGUUGUAUUAGCCUUGGAUAAUAUUUUACCUAUUGUUAUGGAAAGAGUUAUGGACAUUCUAAAAGGGACACGAAAGCCAGAGUCCGAAUCUUCAGUAGUUACAGCGACUGUUGAAAAGGACUUCCCCAAAGAAAUCAAAUAUUGGCAAAAAAUCAAAUCCUUCCAUGUUGGUCAAUGGGGCUCGUUUGAUGUCGAUGAUAACAUGAGGAAGUUUGUCAUUCAAUUUGGGUACGUCAAUAUGUUUUCCGUUAUUUGGCCCUUGGCACCUCUUUUAUGUUUGAUGUUUAGUUUUAUUAUGCUGAAAGCUGAUUUAUGGAGAGCACUUGAGCAAUGUAGGCCAGUUUCCCUUCCAAGUGAUCUAGAUUACGAAGAAAUUUAUGAAGAAGAAGAUCAAAAAUUAAAGACUACUACAAGUUCUUGGGAUGUUAUUUUGGAAAUACUGACAUGUGCUGGCGCUACUGUAGCUGCUACUUUGACUUUUAUGUAUUCAAAAUGUUAUUUGCCUAACGUAGGAUACGAAACAGAAUUCGAAAAAAGGGACGAUUGGUAUAUGCAUUCUCCCAUCUCCACAAGCUGGUCCUCUAUACUUCUUUUUGCAAUUGUAGCCGAGCACUCCGUCGUUAUGACAUAUUUAGUUACAUCUAAGGUUGUAUUAGCCUCGCAAGAUAAUAUACGAAAGGGCAAAGUUGCUUCCGGAAAGUUGCUUGCUCCACAGAGUGUCGAUUUACUUCCUGUCCAGAAAGAAACAAAUAAAUUCAUGGGCGAAACUGAAAAGGAAAUGAGAAGAAGAAGUACUCACAUAUCAACUACAUCAGAUAAGAAAUCUAUAGAGGAGAUGAUAUUUCCUAAUAGAUCAAGGGAAAAUGAAAAUGUUCCUUCACCUUUUCCCAAAUUGGAAACAUCAACAUAUGGCCAAGACGCAACCUCAAAAAUUCAAGGUGAAUCUACGAAUACUAGGUUACGUCAUUCUCGUAAAGCAACUGAAGAAUCUCGUAAAAAUUAUGAUCAAUUCCCGGAUUUUGAAGUUGUUGAACCAUUACGUAAUGACACAGCUGUUGAUACAACUGCAGGUGCAACGUUACCAAAUUUUAUUCCAAUAUCAAGUAAUUUUGAGCUGAGAGACGCUACAAAUUUGAAUACUCGAGGUUACACACCAAGGACGUACCAACACAACUACUCGAAUGUACCCAAUGCAAGCAUCGUGGGCUCUGCCAUUGAUGGGAAGGCAGAUGGAAUAGAGCAUAUGCAGUAUGCUUCUGGCAAGCACUUCGCCACAACCUCGAAUCAAACGAACGCACCUAUGGCUGCAACUGCUGCAGCUGCAGCUUUGUCCACCAACCCUGAAGAGAUGCUCACUCAUGCAGCAAGUCGGAAAGCCAGUACUCAUAGUAGUCACGAGCCUAUGAUGAAAGAAAUUGUUAACAAUAGAAGCCAAUUUGGAAGGCCACAGUCUCACUAUGAAGACAACGAUUAUAAUAAUAUGGAGAGAGCACCAGAGGGAGGGAAGGUAAAAUCAAAAGGGUUCUUUAGCAAAAUAAAGAAAGUGGCUGCCAAGUAG